UCCGCCAGCAGUCGCCGCCGCCCACGUCUCUCCCUCCGAGCCGUCCCGUCGAGGCAAGGCGGCAUGGCGCGCCCGCAGCUCCCGUCGCUGCCCAAGCCCCGCGGGGUCUUCUGGCUCCUGGCCGCCUUCGCCCUGGCCCUCCUGCUGGAGGGACGCCGCGGCAGCGCCGCUCCUUUGCAGAGCCACGAGGGAGCGCCCCCCAUGGCCAAGAUCUACCCCCGGGGCAGCCACUGGGCAGUCGGGCAUUUCAUGGGGAAAAAGAGUGCUGGCGACUUUCCUUACAUGUAUGAAGAGCAAAACAAGGCACCCUUUUCUUUGCUGCUGGAUGACAUCAAGAGGCUUGAGGAGGAUCCGCGUUGGGAGGAGACGGCGAAGAAGCUUCUGCGACUUCUCGAGGCAAAUGACAGCCGAGGCACUCAGGUUUUCAGGGAAGAAUUGUCAUUUCCCGCCAAGAACACCUGGGAGGCAGAGGAUAACAGCAGUUUUAAAGACAUGAUGGAUUAUCUGCUGCAAGCGAUGGAGAGGAAAGAGAGUUCUCCAAGCUGAAACAACCGCUCCUUGACACUGAAGGCAUAGAAGGAUAUCCUU